AUGUCAAAGUUGGACCAGGUUCUCGUUCUGGAACCUCCCUCGGACCUCAAAUUUAAAGGUCCAUUCACAGAUGUUGUCACCACCAACCUCAAGCUGAAGAACCCCUCGGACAGGAGAGUGUGUUUCAAAGUUAAGACGACGGCACCGCGCCGGUACUGUGUACGGCCCAACAGUGGCGUCAUUGAAGCGGGAGCCGCCGUCAACAUAUCUGUUAUGCUACAGCCCUUUGACUAUGACCCCAACGAGAAGAGCAAACACAAAUUCAUGGUGCAGACCAUCUAUGCUCCACCCAAUGUCACUGACAUGGAUGCUUUGUGGAAAGACGCCAAACCCGAUGACCUUAUGGAUUCCAAAUUGAGAUGUGUUUUCGAGCUGCCUUCUGAAAAUGAUAAGAUGAAUGACGUGGAGGCCAGCAAAACCGCCUCAGUGAUGAACUCUACCAAGGCUGACACGCCCUCAGCUUCAACAGUUGUAACACCCAUUACCACCGUCAUGGCCAACACCACUGCUUCCUCAUUGGACGACAGCGAGAUGAAGAAAGUACUGGAGAAGUGCAAGAGGUUGCAGGCUGAGAUGAGCAAAAUGGCAGAGGAGAACCGGCACUUAAAGGACGACAGCGCUCGCAUGAGGAAGAUGGCGCGUACGGAUCACGCAGUCACCAACACGGCCGCCACCUUGCCCUCCCUUCUGGUGGUCAUCGCUGCCAUCUUCAUCGGCUUCUUCCUAGGGAAGUUCAUCUUGUAG